ACUACCACUGUCAGUAUAUAAAACUCCAUCAACACAUCCUCUACUUACUUUCUUUUCCUACUUCAGCAACAACCCAAUUUUUUUUUCAUAUUUUUCUAUCUGGUUCUUCUUCAAUGGAUGUUUGCGCGGCAUCCAUUGAAGUUUCGCCUUUUAAUGGCUACAAGCUGCUGUUUAAGGCCAUCGGGAUGAUACCAGUAUCGCAUUAUGUCUUGGGAUCCUUGUGCAUAUUGAUUGUUUUCCUGUACAAUUUCCUGGAGUUCCAUUUUCUUGAGGAUUUUUUGUAUGGAGGGAGUCCUGUAAAACUUACUUACCAUUCGGGUUCCGAGCUUUAUCAGGCUGUUGUCUCCAAAUGCAGGCUUCUCCACGGAAGGUACUCUUCGACACCAUGGCUUGCGAGUCCGCACUUGCAAACAGUUCUUUUGGAGUAUAUUGGAAGCCCUCCUGCUUUCACCUACACCAGAGAAAUAUUUCAUUCAUCUGAAGGGGGGACUUUUGCUCUCGAUUGGCUAAGGAGUUCAGACUUAACAGGAAGUUCUGAGGAUACUAAUACUGCAAAUUUGAAGAAUGAUUCGACUCCGAUUGUGGUUGUGGUUCCUGGACUAACAAGUGAUUCUUCUGCUGCUUACGUAAAAUCUGUGUCAUACAAUACAGCCAAGUGUGGAAAGAAUGUUGUGGUCUGCAAUCACCGAGGAAUGGGUGGCGUCCCCUUUACUUCUAGUUACUGCUAUAACGCUGGAAAGACGAAGGAUGUGAGAGACGUCGUGAACUAUCUAGUCAACAAAUAUCCCAUGGCUCCGGUGUUUCUUGUUGGAACUAGCAUAGGCGCCAACAUUGUGGGGAAGUAUCUAGGAGAAGAAGGGGCUAAUUGUCCGGUUGCUGGCGCUGCUGUUAUAUGCGCUCCAUGGGACCUUCUGAUUGGUGCCAGAUUCUUAAGACGGAAACUUGUGCAGAGGGUGUACGACAGCGUUCUUUGUAUUGGUCUCAAGGGUUACGCCCGAUUACAUGAGUCUCACUUCACUAAACAUGCUAACUGGGAAGGCAUCAUGCAGUCGCGUAUUAUCCGUCAAUUUGACACGCACGCCACCUGCGCCGUCGACAAUAUUGAGACCGCGGACACUUACUACAGAUGGUCUAGCUGUGCAUCUAAUGUGAAAGAUAUAUCAAUCCCACUACUCUGUAUAAGUUCUUUGGAUGAUCCCGUUUGCACAGCAGAGGCCAUACCUUGGGACGAAUGCAGAGCAAAUAAAAAUGUUGUUCUAGCUACGACGAAACAUGGGGGACAUCUGGGUUACUUCGAAGGAGUAACAGCAUCCAGCUUGUGGUGGGUGAGGGCUGUUAAUGAAUUCCUCGUCGUUCUCCAGUCUAGUCCUCUUAUGCAAAAUCCAAAGGCACAACAAGAACAAUAUCCCCCACAGAAAACCCAAGUAAAUCAGGGAUCAAAUGUAAGUGUCACAAACAGAAUGAUGGCUAUGAAUUUGGUACAAGAACCAUCAAAAGCGAGAACAACUCAACAUGGAAAAAUGCAAGAACUGGUUUUAGUUUCAGAACAGCUUCAGUUUCCAGGUCAAAAUUAGACCCCCCACCAAAUCCGAAGCUGCAAGCUGGUCUAGCAGAUAAGAUUUAUUGUAUUUGAGCUUUCAUUUGUAAUCCUAAUCUUGUUGUUGUUUCUUAGUGCAACUCCAGCUUUAUGUUA